ACUUUUGAGCAUGUAUGCUCGAGCUGUCAUUAUACUUUCAAAGGGAUGAGUUUCCACUGGACGUUGGUGUCUCUGUUUUCUCUUUGAGAAAAUUUCUAUGACCAAGUGAGUCCAGUGCAGCGAGAAAAACUCUACUCCCUUCCGAAAUUUGAGCUACCAGAAUGCUCGAGCUCAAAAGGCAUCUACAUUGGAAGUUCUUUGCUCAUACCUGAUGAGCGAAGCGUAAAAAGCAGAGAUCAAAGUGCAGAGAGUUGACAAAGUCCAUUACUACUCAGUCUCAGAUGUGCUGGUCAUUCGCUAGUCAGUAUUCUUGCUUCAAGGAACUUAUUGUGUUGGAGAGGAUCUAAAAGUUGAAAUUUUUAACGGCGCUUGAGAUUUCAGUAGCUUCCAUAGAAAUCGAGCAGUGAAUGAUCUGUUGAUCACACUGGCUUAGACUUCGGAGAGGAUGAGGCCUGUGGACGGCAAGGGGAGCCACUAUGAAGCAACUCAGGAUCAUAACUUUGGCACCAACGCGAGCAACUUCGAGUUGCAAAAUGGCAGCAAGCCACUCCGUCGGCACAAAGCCUUGGGAUCCCGCACCAAGCCGACACCCUCAAAGUGGGACGACGCGCAGAAGUGGCUGGUCGGGUUCUCCGGAGGCGAGCACAAGCAGACAGCGAGCAAGCCACGGAACUCCAACGCGGACGACCGCAGGCUGCUAACGUCUUUGUCCCAGAGAGGGAGGGACUCCUGCAGCAGCGCCGACGGGGACGACAUAGUUCUCGCGAUCGCCGCGCAGGAGGAAGGGGAGACAAAGAAGAUCGACUACUGGGGGGCCAGCAAACCGGUGGUGGAGGACGCGGCGGUGGCGGUUCGGUCGAUCUGCCUCCGCGACACGGGCACCGAAAUGACGCCGAUCGCGAGCAAGGAGCCGUCGAGGACAGGGACGCCGCUGCGGGCAACAACGCCGGUGCUGAAAAGCCCGAUCUCGUCGAGGUCCUCCACGCCAGGCAGAGGCCUACCAGGCGGGCAGCAACCGGAGGGCCACCAAGCCGCGGCGGGAGCGACGACUAUUAGGAGCGUGGAGAGGAGAAGCGGCGUCGUGCCCUAUGGGAGGGCGAACGGAGGCGGCGGGCCCAGGGCCUUGAGGGCGGAGGCAGAGAUCGAUGGCUGCAAGUUGGGCGAGGUCAAUGCGGCGGCGGAGAAAGAGACGAACCCUAAUUCGCUGGAAUCCCGAGCCGUCGCCUGGGACGAAGCCGAGCGGGCAAAAUUCAUGGCUAGAUACAAACGCGAAGAGGUGAAAAUACAAGCAUGGGAAAAUCAUGAGAAAAGAAAGGCUGAAUUAGAGAUGAGGAGGAUGGAGGUUAAGGCCGAGAGAAUAAAGUCACGGGCCCAAGAGAGAUACACGAACAAGUUGGCGGCCGCACGGAGAGUAGCGGAGGAGAAGCGUGCGAACGCGGAGGCAAAAUUGAACGAGCGAGCUGCGAGAACCACAGAGAAAGCGGAUUUCAUUAGAAGGACCGGCCAUCUUCCUUCUUCUUUCUUCUCCUUCAAGUUGCCUUCUCUUUGUAAUUGAAAUUUGAAAGGGCAUUGCUCCUUAAUUAUAAUUUGUAUCGAUUUGUGUCUUAGAUAAUAUUGUAAUAUUAUUUUCGCUAAAAUAAAUGUUUCCUUAGUUCUACUA